AUGGGGGAUUUAACAAUUACAUGUCGAACUUGUAUGAAAAGUUCUGAUAAUUUGGUAGAUUUGUUUGGGCCUUUAAAAAUUGAGGAUAAUUAUAAUACUCUCCUAGCCGAUAUCUUGAUGUUCACAACAGCAAUUCAGGUAUUGAGAGAUGACGGAUUGCCACGAAGUAUCUGCAGUGAAUGUGUAAACAUACUUGAAAUGUUUGUGAUAUUUCGUAAUAAUGCUCUGAAAAGUGAAGAACAGUUGAAAAAGUUACUGUUGUUACAAAGUACUCUAAAAGAAGAAUUGAAGGAUGAUGCUACAUGUGUAGAACCAACUGAUGAAAGUAUUAAAAUAUGUCCAACGAACCCUCAAAGUAAUGAGUUGGGUGAUGAAACUAAAAUUAAAACCGAGGCAAAUUUAUAUGUAUGUGAUAAGUGCGAAAAGCAAUAUAUAAGUCACAAAAGAUUUUUAAAUCAUUUAGCAACCCAUGGUGAAUCAUCUAUCACCAAGCAAAUUGAUGUUGAGGUGAAGUCAGAACCCAUCUUCAAUGACAGCUUAGAUGAUAAUGUUAGUGAAUCAGCAAUCUUAGAUAUUGAAACAGAUAGUAGAGAUGAAUAUAAAUGUAAUGAAUGUAAUCAAAUAUUUUAUAAAGAAAGAUCUCUCAUAUCACAUCGAAGAAAACAUAGGAACUGUAAUUUAAAAAAUGAUGGUAAUUCUAGGUUUGAAUGUGAUUAUUGUGGCAAAGAGUUUUCUAUGAAACCACUUUUAAAAAGACAUUUAAAAUUGCAUUCAAUUGAUCGACCAUUCAUAUGUCCAAAGUGCCCAAAAAGAUAUACAAGGCAAGACCAAUUACUGGAGCAUAUGAAAAGGCAUAAUAAAGUUAAAACCCACAUUUGCACAUAUUGCAAUAAAGGAUUUUUCCAGUUGUGUAGCCUGAAAGACCAUCUCCGUGUCCAUACCAAAGAAGCUCCAUACUUAUGCUCCGAGUGUGGCAAAAGCUUUUCGAGUAAUUCCAAUCUACGCCAACAUAUGAAUAGGCACACGGGUAUUAAGCCCUUUGCUUGCACAUUUUGUCCAAAAGCUUUCACUACUAAAGGUCAAAUGAUGGGUCACUUAACAACACACACCGGUGCCCAUCCCCACAAAUGCGACGAGUGUGGCGCUAGCUUUACAAAGCUCAAUUCAUUGAAGAAACAUAAAUUUAUCCAUCUUGAAAUCAAAGCGUUUGCCUGUGAUACUUGCAAUAAGAGCUUAAAUAAAAUUAUGGAAGGACGAGGUAAAAGAUUAGUGCGGUUGGAACAAUUAUCGAACAAUGAAAGCCAUAAUCAAGUUGAAGUCCCUAAUAUAGAAUCUACAUUAUCGAUAGCAAGUUCUUCUUCCAUUUUAAACCCUUAUGAUGGUGACCUAACAAAACAUUAUGUUACAAAGAAGUUUGAAACUUCAAAUGUAUAUGAUGAUAAAACUCAGCCUAGAGUUUCCUACAAUGAAAAUUUACCUGGACAUGGCUUUUCUGGAACUAAUGAUGAUUAUCAGUACGUGCCUAAAUCAUCAUCAAGUAGCAGCUCUAGCGGCAGCUCUAACAGCAGCUCAGGAAGUUCGUCAUUGGAAUCUGACCAUGAAACACCCAGACCAUCGACCACAAAAUGUGGUAGAAAACGUAUCACUGAAAGAGUUUUGCGUACAGUUAUAGAAUGCAAGCAUGAUGAUGAAGGCCAUAAUGUUAUGAAAGAAGAUGGAAGAGGAAAACACGGUAAACAAAUCCGAUUGGACGAAGAAAUAAAACAAUCUCAAAAGAAUAAGUACAUGUUUUGUAUGUACUGCUAUGCUAUUAAUAUGUUACCGAUAAAUUCCUGCGGCCUUUAUGACGUUGUUGCACGGACAUGUUCUAUUUUUAAUUUAACUUUCUGCGCAACGUCAUUAAUGUUUUCUUGUAAUGACCACUUAAAAAGACAUAUGCGUAUUCACACUGGAGAAAAACCAUACCGUUGCAAGUAUUGUGACCGCGCCUUCACGCAGAGCAACGAUGUGGCGAAACAUAUGCGUAUGCACGUCGGACAAAACAUCUAUCAAUGCACCGAGUGUAAUAUGAAAUUCAGACUGAUGAGGGAUUUAAAAAAACAUUACCCAAUUCAUUACAUCAAGGGCGAAGAAACCCCAACCGUACCAAUUGGGAAAGGAAUGGUGGCUCCCGUUAUAGUACUGAAACCUGCCGAGGAGUCCACCGCCGCAGUACCGGAAGAGCCUAUAAGUCACGCAGACGGCCAAAUAACAAUCACUGUUAAUAGUAAUGGAUAUAGAGAUGGUUUGGCCGGUGAUAUCAUUAUAAAUGUGACGCCACAGAAUAGUUAA